AUGGCGCAGUUCCGCGGCAUGGUACAUGGGCUGGCUAGCGAGAGCCGGCGAUUAUUAACAGAGGAGUUAAUGUUUAGCAGCAAGGCAGCGCCGGUGCCGGCAGUGCCAUGGGAGAGCAUACGUGACAACCCAACCGACGAGCGGCCAGGAUGGAACUUUUUGAAGGAUCAUCGCACAAACAUGCCCGUCAACGGCGAGAGGUGGUUAUUUGAGCGGGUAGGCGAGAGCGCCAGCAUCCGGAGUCGGUUCAUGAAGCCCGGGACGCAGUCAGGGGUAGACCGACAGGCAAUAGAGCGAUACAUGGACCGGGUGGUAGAAUUUCGCGAGAAGCUGGCGGUGUUAAUGCAUAUAACGGGUGGGCAGCCAGCGCGAGGGCCAGAGCUACUGAGCGUACGGCAUAGCAACACAGUGCAAGGGGGGCAUCGCAAUAUAUUCAUCGAGGACGGCAUGGUGGUGUUUGUGACACGGUACCACAAGGGAUACAAAGUCAGCGGCGACGUCAAGAUUAUCCAUCGAUAUUUGCCGCGCGAGGUGGGCGAGCUGGUAGUGUG